UUUUCCUUGUUCCGAAUAGAAUAUGAACGCGGUAUAUUUUCGAAAUUUCACAUACUAUUAAACGUUGUUUUUUUCGUAUACUACGUACGGGUAUUCGGACACUGUAGUGUUCUUUAUAAACACGUCUGCUCUCAGCUUGAAAGAUAAUGUUCAUAGGAUAUGUUAUGUGUAAUAUAAUGUAAUAAGAAUUACCGUGUUUCAAACAACAGCGCGCAUUCCUUUCCAUUUAACCAAACCCUUUGAAAUACAGUAUGACGCCAACAAAUAAGAUCCUUUCUCUUCAGUGUAAACGGAAGCGAACAGUGACGAUUUCCCCGUUGGCGUUUUUAUUGUUGUUAUUUAUACUUUUAUUAACACCGUGGAACUCAAUAUGACUCAUUUACCUGGACAGUAUCACAUACUUGCCUAAGGUAGUGUUUAAUUCACGUUGGAGACGGGCCUUGGUUGAUAGCUAGCUAAGUUAGCUGCUAACUAAGGUUCGCUGAAAAUGGCUAACGUGAACAGUAUGGUUUUUCACACUCAGAUAGCCUCCAUCGUGGAGGUUCUAGCGAAUGCAGCCGUGGCAGAGAUCUGUAAAGUCGUAGACGACGACUAUGCAGUGUUUCGUUUGGAAAUAACUCAAAGCCAGAGAGAAAACAGGGCAUUGCGGAGGAAACUACAGCUGCUGGAACUGAAAGUGUCACGGGAGCGCGGCCUCGCUAGUCCCAGUAGUGUAAAGAUCCUCGACCGAUACAGAGGAGUGGAAAGAGGUGAAGGACAUCUCACUGCAGGCCACAGGAGCUUUGUGAAGCUAACAGGUCACAAUACAUGGAGAGAAGACCAACCAAUCACUGUUGAUGAGGGGAGUGGAACCUCAACCCAGCAAGUUAUUGUGAUCAAGUCAGCAGAUGCAGAGUCUGCAGAUGCAGAGGCUGCAAGUCCUGGGGUCAAGCAGGAGAAGACUGAAGCAGAGGAGGAACCAUGGCACAGCAGAGACAUCCAGACUGGAGCUCACCCUGUAGCCAUGGAGUACCCCACCACUGCCACAGUGCUACCCAUGACUAGACGCAGCAUCACGGAGGUCAGUGGAACGCCGAACGCCGUCCUCAAGUCCGAGACGGACACCAAGACUAAAACAGGGCUGGGCUGUCCUGCUCCCCGCUCAGAAUAUUUCCAUUACGGUAACCCGAGGACUGUUCUGUCCCAUCAGAACUCGGGUGACACGUUACAGACUGGCAAUGAUCCGUCCUGUUCAUACACUACAGAGAUACCUGGUGACAUGCCAGUUGGCUUAGAUACACAGACUAAUCCAAUGAGAGGGGCCUGGAACCGGUACAGUAGUAGUGCACACUCUGAAGGGUGCCUAGAUAAGAAAGGAGAGGGUCUGGUCAUAGAUGAGAUGACUGUGAAAGUGGAGGGCGAGGCUCCUCUGACAUGGAAUGCAGACGAGACUCACUUCAGAGAAGGACACUCGCAGGGCAACUCCAGUGAUUUCUUAGACUACAGGGAAAGCUUAGAGACAAAUCUAAAUGUCCCAACCCACUCCCCUUUACACCCAGUGUCCAUGUCGAUGGCACCUUCCGAUUCACAAGGCUGCAUCCUUUUCGAUCCGGUAUUGAACUCAAACGACCAAAGGGCCAAGCCGUGGGGAGAGGGAGCAACAACGGGCGGUAAAGAGAAGCAGUUCUUCUGCAUGUUCUGUAACAAAGGCUUUAGCUGCCCACAGAAGGUGGAGAUCCAUCAGAGGGUCCACACAGGGGUGAAACCCUUCAUCUGUACCCAGUGUCACAUGCGCUUCGCCCAUGCUGGCAACCUGAAGAGGCACCAGCGGUUCCACACAGGUGUAAAACCCUUCAAAUGUACCCAGUGUCACAUGCGCUUCACCCAGGCUGGUGACCUGAAGAGGCACGAGAGGGUCCACACAGGGGAGAAACCCUACAGCUGUCCCCAGUGUGAGAAGAGGUUCUCCCGUCAGGAUCAGCUGAAGAUGCACCUGAAGGUCCACACGGGAGAGAAGCCAUUUGCCUGUACUCACUGUGGGAAGAGGUUUUCAGAGAGGACCUACCUCAGGAUGCACCAGCAGAAACACCAUGCCACUCUAUAACAUAGAAAGUAACCAUUCCACUCAAUAGCUUCUGACGUUUAGAUCAAACUCUGCAUUAAAGACUAAGAUGAAUGUUCAUUGUUGUCAGCAGAAAAGAUCAACAGAUACAUCUGAGCAUAAGAGAGUAACAGAUUUGUGUUGAAUAUUUCUGGGUAGAUUAUUGCAUAAUAUAUCUAUGGCGUAACAUAGUGUUUGUACUGUGUAGGCUAUAUGAUGUUCACACAUUUUCCCAAGACACUUAAUGCAGAUUUGUAGUUGAGAUAUGUGUAUGUCUGGUUUUCAUAUGGUGUAUAAACACAAAAUGGGAAUUUUCA